UGUGUGUCAGUUUCUGCGGGGAGAUUGUGAUGUCUCCCCUUGGUCAUCGCCUUGGACGCUUUCUCUGCUGAAGUUGCCCGGGCAGAGAGGCGAAGGCGAGUGUGCGGAGCGCCGCCAGCCCGCCCGGCCCCCGAGCGAUCCGGCUUGCCCUGCCUCCGGCCAAGAGGCACCCCACGCGCACAAAAGGCGAGCCAAGCCCACGGACACGCCAAAAAAAAGGGGGAGAGGAAGAGGCAGAGGAGGAGCCACCUGGAUCAUGGCGCAAGCGGCCCCGCUCAACAUCCUGGAGGCGAACUGCCCCAUCCAGGUGGAGCACGACCGCAAGAGGAGGCAGUUCACCGUCCGGCUGAAUGGUUGCCACGACAAAGCUGUCCUGUUGUACGAAUAUGUGGGCAAAAGAAUAGUGGACCUGCAGCAUACAGAAGUCCCUGAUGCCUACAGAGGAAGAGGAAUAGCCAAACAUCUGGCAAAGGCAGCCUUGGAUUUUGUGGUGGAAGAGGACUUGAAAGCUCACCUGACGUGUUGGUACAUCCAGAAAUAUGUCAAGGAGAACCCACUGCCUCAAUAUCUGGAACGUUUGCAGUCUUAAUGGAGGAACAGUUGCCGAGCCCGGAUGGCUCAGACACUCGAUAGGCCUGGCCCCUGACUGUCUGACAACAGCCUUCGCUCCUGCGCUGGCUUGGGGCCCACAACUGUGCGGCACUUGUUUGAAAUUCUUAUUUUUGUAAGGAUAUAUGUGUGACCGAUUGCUCGAUGCUUCCAUCCUCCUCCAGUUCUUCCAACACUUUGGGCUGACCCGGAAUUUCAUUGUUUACACUGGCCUUCUCCUCGAAAGAAACCAUCUGGUGUGAAAAUGAGGUCUUGGGUUGGCGUGUGGCAAUAGCAGUGGCAGAAGAGCGCUCCUUCUGUGAAGCCCUUUAUGGCAGGAUUGUCCUCUUUUUGUUCUUCCUCACAAAAGAAUGAAGCAUUUAGGAAUGCCAUCUAAGAACCUGGUACCCAAUGAACACAGCUGGAAGCAUCUGGAUACCAGACUCCUAGCGGACCGGAGAUGGUCUUCUGGUAUCUGGUCAGAUUCUGAGCCACGUUUUAUUGUAGUAAGGGUGAGAUAAUUCUACCCAGAUGAAAUAAACCUGGGUAGGACCUGGAGGGGCACAGAGAGGCCCAAUACCAUCAGCAUUGUGUUUCAGAGGCUGUGUCAUACAGAAGUGCCUCGACUUGCAUAUGUGGGACACUGUUCUUGUUAUCUGCCUGAAUCCGAGCAGCCACCCGACAUAAGUGAAAGGGAGGGGUGAUUUGUUGAUCCAGUUGGGUUGGGAUGGAAGACUUAAAUGUGCUACUGCACGCCUGAGAAGGAAAACACGUGGUGCUGGGUGUAUUUGUUUGGCGGGAUCCCACUUUCUUUUCAGGUAGAGGAUAUGGCUUGUCGGGUGGAAGAAGCAAUAACUGACCAUAGAGUUGUGGGGAGGAAGGAAACAGUGAAGUGAAAGCAGCUCUGAGGGAAACAAUUUGAGGGUACGCAGCAAUAGGAAAGUUCUGGAUAGCCGCUUCUUGGGACUGAAAGGAAAAUAAGCUGAGGAAAAGGGGAGGGGGCAAACAGAACCCCAGGAACGACAAAUUAUAAGCUGCCCCCUCCCAAAGGGUAAUUAAGACUUGUUGUGUGAACUCAUUUGUUUCUUUUGAUUCCUUCUCAAGCAACGCGGGAGGGCAUUCUCACAUGUUUUAACCCAGUCUUCACUCCUGAGAGUGGGAUUGUUAGCAAGUCUCUCGUGAAUACACGCAGUAUUACUCUAGACCACCCUUUCAGCCCAUAGCCUCCCCUCCUGUUUCCCUUAAUGCUGUCCCCAUAAGAGAGGCUGAGAAGCAGAAACACGGAGACUUGAGAGCAGGCCUUGUGGGUGGGUGUAAAGUGCUGUCGAGUCACAGCAGACUUAUGGUAACCUCAGAGGGUUUCCGAAGCAAGAAAUGAACAGAGGGGCCAUGGCUUAGUGGUUGAGUCUCUGCUUGACAUGCAGAAGAUUCCAGGUUCAGUCCCUGGUAUCUCCUCCUGAGACUCUGGAAAGCAGCUGCCAGUCCGAGUAGACAAUACUGACCUUGAUGUACACGUAGAGGUGGUUUGCCACUGGCUGCUUCUUGGUAGCAUCCCUGGAUUGCAAUUGCAAACCUGGGCUGACCCUGCUUAGCUUCCAAGAUCUGACGAUACUGGGCUAGCCUGAGCCAUCCAGGUCAGGGCACUGAUUAGAGAGGUCCUUCCUGUCCUGAAAACCAAGCUUGGCUAAGGUUUCUCUGGUGAUUGUAAGCUGGGAGGGGGGUGCUGUGUCUGCUCCACAGGUGUCAAACGGCUUCUUCCUCUCCCCGACCCAGCUGGGAUCUAGUUUUCUUGUCCUGCAGUUGGAAGUUUGGAUGGAACUGUGGGAACUAGAUCCUCAGUCAAGACACCUGCAUCGACGUGAAGUCUGGGCUUGAGUUGCACUCCUGUGAUCAGCAAUAAGGCCAUGCCAUCUCGUCAGAACCAGUUCUCGGCUGUUUCAAAGCUUGUGAGGGAUGUUCCAUCCUCCUGUCUACUCCUCCUGUCUCUCUGAGGGUGGAAAAAAAAACUGCAGUCUUCCCAUGAUACUUGUGUGUACUGUUGCCCCAGUCAGCAAGGAAUGGAGGGCAAAAUUGGUCAUUGUGCAACUAAAAAAGUUGGAGGCCUUACGGUUUUGUGGCUGCCAGGUCCCCUUUCCAUCUUGUUUAGUAAGGUGCUGUCCGUUCCUGGAAUAUAUUCUGUGGGUGCCUUACAGAAGGAGUGACGACAAGAUCUUCAUCACGCUACUUUUAUAUACAAACCUGACCUGCGUGUUGGGUUGCCAGAUACACAACUCUGCACCUCUUGCUCAAGGAACCCGCUAAAGUGUUACGGUAUGUUUGAUGCAGGGAUGUUGCUCUGGUGUGAGGUGGUGGUCCUUCAUUUACCUUCAGAGGAAAUUUGGUGAGAUCAAGGCAAGCCAACUGGGCCUUAAAAAUCUCCUCUGCGUUUUUUGCUAGUGCUGCAGCUUCAUUAUGAGGUGCUACAACAGUCUCUGAUCCUGCAGAGAUUUUUUUUUAUACUAACUUAACAAUGCUCACAGAGUUUCUGCUGUACCCGUCUCCUCUUUGUUCUCUGUGAUUCAGUUAUAUGGAAGAACAACGCUUCCCAGUCAAGGCUAGGGGCUGGUAACCUGUUGCUUACUACAGAAGGAAUCCCUUGAGUCAGCAGUGAUGGAAAGCACUCCCCUUUCUGUUUGUUUUUGUAAGUAGCUCAUCUCUGAGAAGGGAUGUUCUUUGCAGCUUGAUAAGACCUGCACCGUUCUGACUGCUGCCGGGAUUAUUGAUCAUAGAGAGGCCCUCGGAUGGAUGGAUGGAUUUUAAGGCUCCAUGCUUGCUUGUGCUAAAAAACCAGGUGGGCCAACACAGAUAAUUCCGCAGAUUCCCUCAAAUGUAAGAUUUAUACUUGGCUGUUCCCUCCGGUGGUGUUUCCCGCCCCCCUACUCAAUGUGGAAUUAUUUUAAUUUCUUUUCUCCCCUUUCUGAUUCUCCUGUGGUUAAAUAAUGUGCCUUUCCUACUCAGGACUUAUUUUUUAAAAAGCUGUUUGGUGGUUCUCUGUGUCUAACAUGAUCCUUUCCUGUGAACCAUAUUCUUAAUUAAAUCUGACCUUGUUGCAUGGAAUUCAAUAAAAGGUGUGGCUAAAUCUG